AUGCCGGAGGCGAUUUGCGCGGAGCUGCAGCGGCUGGAGCCCUGGGAGUUGGGGGAAGUUGCUGCGUGGCGUUUUGCUGCUGCUUGCUCGCUGUGUGGGGUGUCGGGGGGCGCAUGCGUCCGCUGCUGCCACUUGGGGUGUACAGACACCUUCCACCCCAUGUGCGCCUGGCUCGCCGGCCUCCACUGCGCUGCUGCGCCUCUCCCGGGCCUUUUCCUCGCAGUCCGCGGGGCCCUCGACCACUGCUUCCCCAGACUCAAAGUCACUGUCUUUUGCUUCCGACACACCCCGGAGGCCCCAGGAGUCAGGCGCAGCUGCGCUCUUCAGGCUGUGCUGCGCGCCCGCCGCUACGUAACUCGGGACCAUUUCCCAGAGCUGCAUGCACUGAGUGAGAGGAAGGGGGCCUUUUUCCUGAAGCGCGCGCUGCCUGCUGCUGCUGCUGCUGCGCGCCGCAGCACAGCAGCAGCAGCAGCAGCAACGAGCUCUCCCGUCAACAGCGGCGCAGCUGCAAACACCCCCACUAAGGCGCAGCUGGCUGCCACUGCCGCGUCGCCCGCCGGCACGGGGGGCCCUGCUGUUGCUGCCUCCACCCGGCGCUCUGCAGCAGCAGCAGCAGCAGCAGCAGCAGCAGCAGCAACGCCGCAUGCAGCGGGCAGCAGCAGCGCUGGGCAAACCCCUGCAGCUGCGGGGCCGGGACCCAACAGCCUCUCGGCCGGCAGAGGCCCUUCUUCGCCUGCUGCAGGCAGCGUGAACGGCACAGCAGCAGCAGCAGCAGGAGCAGCAGCAGCUGGCGCUGCAGCCGGCGGCCCGGGGCUGACAAAGGCCGGGGAAAGCCCCGCAGCAGCAGCAGCAGCAGCAGAGGACGCGGCGGAGAGGGCCUUGCUUGAUGAAGUGGACUUUUAUCAAGACCAUUGCUGCGCUGUUUGUUUGCUGCCAAAAGUUACAGCCAGCAGCAGCAACCCGUUUUUCUACUGCGCGAAGUGUGGGGUGUCUGUACACCGCAUGUGCUACGGGGUGCCCUUGGAGUGCCUGCCUGCUGCGCUGCGUCCCGAUCUGCAGCAGCAGCAGCAGCAGCAGCGGCAGCAGCAGCGGCAGCGGCAGGACGCGCAAGGAGCGUCUGCGAAAAGGCAGAAACAGACGGCCAGCACACAAGACACCAGCAGCAGCAGUAGCAGCAGCAGGACGAUGGUCGCCUCACCCGACGGCCGAGACAGCAGCAGCAACUGCAGCGGCAGCACAUACAGCAGCAGCAGCAACACAGCGACGACGCCUGCCGGGAUCCAGAGAGGCUCGAAGCGCCCUCAUUCAGAAGUUGGAGGGGCUGCAGCAGAAGACAGCAGCAGCAGCAGCAGCAGCGCGGCGUAUAUGCCGGUGCCGUUCCUCUGCGAGCCUUGUCGCUACGCGCCCAACAGGGACGAGGUAAGCUGCAUGAUUUGCCCUCGCCGCGGCGGCGCCCUGAAGCUGGCGCUGCCUGCUGCUUCUGGCUACACGCCCGAGACAGUGGCGGCAGCGCCUGCUGCUGCUGUUGCUGCUGCUGUUGCUGCUGCUGUGAGGAACAGCCAAGAGGAGCCGCUGCAGUUCGUUCACAUGCUCUGCGCUCUCUGGACUCCGGGAGUGGAAGCAGCAGAGACAGACAGCCUCUCGCCAAUUGUGGGGGUUGACCUCGCGCUGCAGAGCCAGUUGCAGCAGACGCCGUGCAGCAGCAGCAGCAGCAGCAGCUGCGACGGCAGCGUGGAGAAGAAGGACGCUGUGAGGCAGCAAGAACAGCAGGACCAGCAUCAGGAGCAGCAGCAGCAGCCGCAGCAGUCCCCCGCUGCGUCGGUUGUAUCGAGCGGCGCGGAGGCGCCAGCAGCCGCUGCUGCAGCAGGUGCCAGCCCGCAGCCGCAGCAGCAGCAGCAGCAGCAGCAGCCGGUGGACGCGGGCAGCAGCCGCAACCGCGCGGCCUGCAGCGUCUGCGGCCUCGCCUCCGGGCUGCUGCUGUCAUGCUGCAGCCCCGGCUGCGCUGCUGCUUUCCACGCGCUGUGCGCGCAGCUGCGCGGCUGCUUCAUGGAAAUGGCAGAAAACUCUUCUGCUGCUUCUUUUACUGCCACUGCCUUUUGUCUCGAGCAUUCUCAAACGCGCAAUCAAAUAUCCUACAGCGUUCGCCUGCUGCUGCGGCUUCGCUCGUUCCUAGAGCUCUCACGGAUGCUUGUGGGCGCUGUCUCUGAGCGUGAGCACAGCAAGAGGCUGUACAUCCAGCAGCGGCGGAAGAGCCUUGCUGCUGCCUAUCCUCUCCGCCCUUCAGAAGGCGGUGACCUCGUCUCAGGACAGCAGCAGCAGCAGCAGCAGCAACAGCAGCAGCAGACACAGGGCAUGCCAGUGGAUGGUCACACAGACACCAGCGAGUUGGCCGUCGUGCACAGUGAGACUGGCUUCCGCUGCACCCUCCUUUCUGAGCAGCAGCUGCAGCAGCUAGUGCAGCAGCAGUUGCAACAAACACAGCAGCAGCAACAGCAGCAGCAGCAGAAGGGGAACUCGCUGAAGGGCAGGCUGCUGCAACUGCUGGCGUCCCGGACUGCUGCAGCUCGCGAAGAGGCCAUGGCACUCGCAGCCUCGGUGCAGCAGACAUGGGAAACGAUCCUGUCUGCUGCUGCUCCUGCUUCUGCUGCAUUUGCUGCUGCUGCAGCAGAGACUGCGGGGAACAGCGCCACAGUAGCAGCACCAGCAGGAGGGGUAGCAGCGGCAAGGUCGAGCCCUGCGGCCCCCGGCGCUCCUGACCAGGCCCAAAUGCUGCUGAACAGCAGCAGCAGCAGCAGCAGCAGCAGCAGCAGCGACUAUGAGGGAGGCGAGGACGACUUUGGGGUCCCUGAGGGGUUGUUUCUAGACGAUGCGACUGACGAUGAAACUGUCAGAAACAAUUAUAUGUCUUUUUUUGUUUCGGGCUCCCCCGAGGCCUCAGCAGCAGCAGCGGCAGCAGAUUCUGCAGGUGGCGCUGCAGCAGCAGCAGCAGCAGAAGCAGCAGCAGCGACUCGAGAGCUGCUGCCCUUGCUGAACCCACCGCAUCCGGAAGCAGCAGCAGCUGGUCCUGCGCCACAGCAGCAGCAGCAAAGUGAAGUGCCCUGCUGCUGCUGGAGUAAAACGGGGCCGCCAGCAACAGCAGCAACAAUGGCAGCAGGUGCAGCAAGAGAUGCCGUUGCUGCCUGUCCAGUUGGCGUAAGGAGUUACCUUGUUGGUGCAGCAGCAUUAAUGGCGCUUCAGCAGCUGCGGCUGUUUCUUGUGCGGCAGCCGCUGCAGCAGCUGCAGCAGCAGCAACAGCAACGAGAUGGUGCUGCAGCAGCGGGGCCAGACGGAGAUACAGCGGCGUCUCACCGCCUAAAGACAGCAGCAGGCGCUCCCUGCGCUGCAGCAGCACCUGCAGCAGCAGCAGCAGCAGCAGCAGCAGCGUGGCCCCUGGAUGACGACAGCAGCUACGUUAUGGAGCUUGCGGGCCUCCGCCCUUUGCUGUCGCCCCUCAUGAGGGGCCUCAGCAGCGAAGGUUUGCUGCUGGAGUUGCAUGCUGCUGCUAAGUGCUGCAGCUAUCCUUGCUGGUGCUGUUUCGUGGCUGCAGUUCGAGGCAGCAGCAGCAGCAGCAGCAGCGGCAGUUGCGGUGCUGCUACUGCUUCUGCUGCCCAUGUUCCAGCAUCUUAUGAUGCUGCUGCUGCAGCUGCAGCACAGACCCCGCAGCUCCAGCACAGAGGAACGCUGUCUGCUGCUGCGGCUGCAGCUGCUGCUGCUGCUGCGCGGGAACUCGCCGCACGGCAACUGGGUUUCUGGACAGACUCUGUUGUUGCUGCUCUUCGUGAUGCAGCAGCAGCAGCAGCAGCAGCCGCAAGCAGCCCAGGAAGUGCAGCUGCGCAUGCGGAAGCUUGCGCCGCUGGGGCGGAAGUGCUGCAGCGGUUGCUGCACCCCAGCAGCAGCAGCUGGACUGCUGCUGCUACCGCUGCAGAGAGGGUGCUGCCGCCAACAGAUUGGCGGGGGACUAUAAGACGAGGCGCAGCAGCCAUUGGCCGCCGCGUGGCUCUGUACUCUCCCUACAUGGACGUUUGGUACGGAGGCCUGGUUGUCUUCUGCGACAGCAGCAGCAGCAGCAGCACGAGCAGCACCAACAGCAGCAGGAGCAGCAGCAGCAGCAGCAGCUGCUGCUGCAGCAGGGGGCCUCAGGGGCCCCGGUACCUCGUGGCUUACGACGACGGCGACUGCGCGUGGGCGCAGCAGGAAGGAGCAGCAGAUUGUUUUCUUUUUGCUGCAGCAACAGAAGACAAACCUUUGUGGAUGGAGGCGCUCAAGCGGCGCCGGCGGCCGAAGCUGCAGCACGCGGUGUCUGUACUCCUCAAGCAGCAGCAGCAGCAGCUGCUGCUGCAGCAGCAGCAGCUGCAGCAGCAGGCUGUCACGGGGACCUGCUGCAGAUGCGGCGCCAUCUGCACAAGCACCAACUCCAGCGCGGGCCACCCGCAGCAUCAGCAGCAGCAGCAGCAACAACAGCAGCAGCAGGAUACACAGGAUUGCCCAACAACGAAGGGCAUAUUAUGCUGGGGCUCAGCCGUGGCGCUGCCUGCGUUGCAAUGGGCCAUUAUGAUCAGUGCAAAGGCAGCAACAGCAGCAGCAGCAACAGUGGAGCAGCAGCAGUAA